AUGGCACCAAAGGCUGCUCAGAAGGUUCGUCGCAUCCAAAGCGCGCCUGUUCCAUCUGCGCAUCCAGUUCUGACGCGUUUUUGCAGACCCCAACCACCGCCGGCAAGGCUCCAGCUGGCAAGGCUCCCGCCGAGAAGAAGGAGGCCGGCAAGAAGACUGCGGCACCAUCUGGCGAGAAGAAGAAGCGCACCAAGACCAGAAAGGAGACCUACAGCUCAUACAUCUACAAGGGUGAGUCGCCUCUGCCAUCCAUUGCCUCUGUCCUUCAGUCAAUCUGAAGCCGCUUUCCAUCUCGUGGCUCAUUGCUGACGCGUCUUUCCUCCAGUCCUCAAGCAGGUCCACCCAGACACUGGUAUCUCCAACCGCGCCAUGUCCAUCCUGAACUCCUUCGUCAACGACAUCUUCGAGCGCGUCGCAACCGAGGCCUCCAAGCUCGCCGCCUACAACAAGAAGUCCACCAUCUCCUCGCGCGAAAUCCAGACCUCCGUGCGACUGAUCCUGCCUGGUGAGCUGGCCAAGCACGCCGUGUCUGAGGGCACCAAGGCCGUCACCAAGUACUCUUCCUCCACCAAGUAA